CUUGUAACUCUAACCAAAACCUAACAUCUUCCCCUCUUUGCUUCUUCUACAAGACUCUGACGGCCGACACAAAAAAAGAGUCUAGGUCACGCUAUGGACAUACUUUUAAAGCCUUUCCAAGUGAAUCGCAGCUAGGAAGGCCGCAGCUUUACGGUGAAUCUCGGGGCAAAGAGCUGCUGCUAUUAAGAAAACCCUCAAGACUUUUCCUAAGGAUGUUGUUUGAGCGGUUUACCGAGGAAACAAUGAAAGCUAUAAUGCUGGCCAAAGAGGAAACCCGCAGGUUUGGCCACGUAUAUGUAACGACUGAUCACAUACUUGUGGGUCUACUACUUGGCCCCCGAAAUAUUGCUGCAAAGGUUCUUGAUUAAUCCAUAGGAAUCAAUGCCAAAGAUGUGCGUGUGGAGGCAAUAAAAAUAGAUAGGCAACGAGGACUUAAUGAGCCUAUUGAGGUUGAAAAGAUGGAAAUCAGGGCAAUAAAUAUCCCAUUUGGACUCCGUGCUAAGUACAUUCUUGAGUUGUCAGGAAGCUCGGAAACUUGGGCAUGACUGUAUUGGAUGUGGACAUCUUCUGCUUGGUAUGCUUAGCGAUGAAAGAUGUUUAGCUGCUCAGUCUCUGGCCAAUUAUGGUGCAAACGCUAGCAACAUGCGGACCGAGGCUGGUUUGCUUCGUGGCGAGGUAAAGGCUCUAUGCGUGGAGAUAUUUCAUCUUCAGGCCAAAAAGAAAAGCAGAUCAUGUGGAGCUGUUGACACUCAACACACAUUGUUGUUGCGAACAAGUGGACUUACAAAGAGAUGUGGGAUGAAUAAACGCUAUGUACGUAGCACAUCUUUCGUUUUCAUAAGUGCACAUUUCUAGUGAAUUAAGUUCAUUUCAAUUGCAAUUUUCUUUUAUUUCUAAGGUUUUACGUAUUGUCGAAGCCAGUCCGCUUUGGGAUCAUGUAAUAUGAUUUAAGUUUAGUGUGGCUAUGGAACAUCAACAAUGUGGCGUCUUCCUAACACAAUUCUUUUGUACGAUCUGAAUCGUUUGUUUGCUUUGGAAAUCUGGCAUAUACCAAAA